AUGAGCCAGACCUACAAGCUCAACGAGAAGCGCACGGUGGCGCACACGCUGACGGGCGGUCGCUAUCGACUCCAAGCUACGGCGUUCGCUGCGGCGGGCUUUCCCCUCGUCUUCACUUUGUCUUACGACGACGACGCCGAGCUUUACAAGCUCGACUGGAGGAGUGCGAGUGGACCGUUGCUAAUCUCGCGCUGUGUCAUCAAGGUGGAGUACGACGGGUACAAAGCAUUUGCGAAUACCCUUGAGGGGAUGUACCUGCCGGAAGCUCAGGUCGCCUCCAUCUUCGCACAAUCCCCACGAUCCUCGUAUAGUCAGGAGACCUAUACCUUCGACGUCGAGCUGCACUGCGCACCGGGCAGCUUGCAGCCGCGGGAGGAAGUGGAAGCCGCGAAACGCCAGCUCCAGCUGGCACGCACGACAUUCAUCGAGACUGAGCGCAAGACUUUUGCGAAGCAUGCGACUGAGUCGAUCACCGCUCAAGUACCUCAAGACGUCGCCCUCGUCUUUCCUUCGAGCCAGCGCGUCCUCUGGGCUACGGCAAAAGCCUUGACUCAGGCGUCGCCGUACCUCAAGGAGUUGCUCGAGUCGGACUUCAUCGAGGGCUCGGCGCAGACUUCUUUCGACGCGGCCUUCGAGACGGCCGGCCUCGUCGGGUCCGGGUUCGACGACUCCGACGACGAAAACGACACGCGCGACGUCGCUGCCGCGCCGGCGUCAAACCGCGAGCCGAAGGCGCCGUUCAAACUCGUCAGGAUCGCCCAGACGAGCUACACGACCUACGCCGCCGUCCUCGUUUGGAUUUCCUCGCACCACAUCGCCUUUGCCCCGCUUCGCUCGACGAGUCGCAGCGAGGAGUUGUCGAAGGACCUGGCGGUGCAAGCCUGCGCUGCCAGCCGCGACAGCAGCAUCGCCAAAGACGCCAACCUCCCAGCACCGGCUUCUCCCAAGUCAGUCUACCGCCUCGCCCACCUCCUCCGCCUCGACGCCCUCGCCGCCCUCGCACUCGAGAACCUCAAGUCCCAACUCACCCCUAAGAACGCCUCUUACGAGCUGUACUCGGACGUCGCGUGCUGCUACCCUGCCGUGCGGGACGUCGUCCUCGCGUAUGUCGUCGAGCACUGGAACGAGGUGGGCAAGUCGAAGGCGGCGAGCGAGAUGCAGGAUAAGGCGGAGCAGGGGGAGUUGCCGGUUGGAGCGGCGAAGACGGCGAUGAUGCUCGCGGCGAAGCUGGCGGAGAGGCAGAAGUAG